GCGGCUGCUGCCGCCAUUGUGCGGCGCUGGUCCCCAAAGCGGGUUCCCUCUGCGGCUACUGCCUUGGGCUUCCUCCCUCGCGUCUCGCUCUUGUCCGGGGAGCCCGGCGGGUCCGGGACUCCCAUCCGUGCCGGUGCGGGCGCCGGCAUGUGGCUGUGGGAGGAACAGGGGGGCCUCCUGGGCCCCUUCUCCUUCCUGCUCCUGCUGCUCCUGCUGGUAACGCGUAGUCCCUUCAAUGCCUGCCUCUUCACCGGCAGCCUCUACCUCUUGCUGCGCCUGUUCAGCUUUGAGCCUGUGCCCUCCCGCAGAGCCCUGCAGGUGCUCAAGCCCCGGGACCGCGUUUCCGUCAUCGCCCACCGCGGCGGCAGCCACGACGCGCCCGAGAACACGCUGGCGGCCAUUCGGCAGGCAGCUAAGAAUGGAGCAACAGGUGUGGAGUUGGACAUUGAGUUUACUUCCGACGGGAUUCCUGUCUUAAUGCACGAUAACACAGUCGAUAGGACAACUGAUGGUACUGGUCGGUUGUGUGACUUGACCUUUGAACAAAUUAGGAAGCUUAAUCCUGCGGCAAAUCACAGGUUAAGGAAUGAUUUCCCUGAUGAAAAGAUUCCUACCCUGAGAGAAGCCGUUGCAGAGUGCCUAAAUUAUAACCUCACAAUCUUCUUUGAUGUCAAGGGCCAUGCAAAUAUGGCUACUGAUGCUCUAAAGAAAAUAUAUAUGGAGUUUCCUCAACUGUACAAUAAUAGUAUCGUCUGCUCUUUCUUGCCAGAAGUUAUCUAUAAGAUGAGACAAACAGAUCAGAAUGUGGUGACGGCUUUAACCCAUAGACCUUGGAGCCUUAGCCAUACAGGAGAUGGGAAACCACGCUAUGAUACUUUCUGGAAACAGUCCAUGUUCAUGGUAAUGGACAUUUUGCUCGAUUGGAGCAUGCAUAAUAUCUUGUGGUACCUGUGUGGAAUUUCAGCUUUCCUCAUACAAAAGGAUUUUGUAUCCCCGGACUACUUGAAGAAGUGGUCGGCUAAAGGCAUUCAGGUUGUUGCUUGGACUGUUAACACCUUUGAUGAAAAAAGUUACUAUGAAUCGCAUCUUGGUUCCAGCUAUAUCACUGACAGCAUGUUGGAAGACUGUGCAUCUCAGUUCUAGAAUUUUCCCCCAGGGAGGAAAUCCGGGUACAGAAACUGCCUGCUGGCCUCACGCAGUGAUAUCAAAAUACCCUUUGUGCUAGCCCAAGCCCUGGGGGGGUCAGGAGGCUCACACAAGCAAUAGUCAGUGUUUGCAUUUUUACCUGAACCAAAGCAAAACCUGGUUUUGCCACCUUGCUCCACGGAAUGCCUGACUUCAACACUGUUGCUCUUGAAAAUCUGGGUCUGCAAAAAGGCACAACAGCUCCUGCCCCACCCUAGCUGAGGGAUACACCAAGACCCAGUGAGGAUAAGCACAGAUUGAGUUGUGCAUUUUGGGGUUGCAGAUGCAAAUGCAUGGGAAAUGCAUGAUCACUCAAAAGUUGACAUUUUAAAACUUGACACACUUAUGUCAUUUACUUAUUUAAAAUAUUUGUAUUCAGCUAUAUUAUCAAUGUGCUAUAGACAGCAAACUUGUGACCAUACUAAUAAAAUCAUUAAAAGGAGCACUAAGGGAAGACUGUGUACCAAGUAUAAUGUCCUAAGACAAGGAAUUUAGGGAAGCCUCUCUCUGCAAUCCAGUGACCAGAGGCAACAGCCCCUGGUGAGGCUUCAAUGCAAAGCAAAGAAAAUGGUAUGUAAGUCUUGAUACUAGUCCUAGGGAUUGUUUAUGGUAUCUGCAAAUAAGAGCUAUGAGCCACUAGGGGGCAGAGUUACUCUCGUUCCGGCUGCUGUACAACAUGACCCUAGAACUGCAAGAAACAUCGAAGAACAUCUAGACUUAAACCCUCAUUUUACAAAUGAGAAAACUAAAACCUAUAGAAGGAAAAGGUCUUCCUCAGAAAUGACCCAGCUGGUGGCAUAGCAGAGCCUGAUCUCAUAAAACUAAAAUGUCUUACUGCUUGCCACUAACAUUAAUGGUUUAAUAUGCCUCAUCUCAAAACCCAGAAAAAUCCUACAGGGGUAUUAUCUUUUAAUGGCUGAGGAAACCAAGUCAAUGCAAACUUAGUCACUUACCCAAGCUGUCAAAGCCUUCAGUGCAUUUGAGAUUCAAAUCCAAGUCAGUCUAACCCCAGAGCCCCUGCUCUUAACCAUUUGUCCUGUCUGCCUUUAUAAUGUAGAGCCCUUCAUUCCCAGCUCUGUGUUCAUGAAGCUUCUAGGGGUCUUACUGUGAACUUAAGUGACAAUAUUUAAGAUGAAAUUGAGUCUUUAAAAAUUGCAAAGCCAUCUGUCUCCCAUAGCUGCCCCUGUUCCCACCUUCCAGCCCCAUCUGCAGUCUUGACCGCAGGCCUUCAGCUUAGUCAUGACUUCCUCCUGAGCCCCAGUGGGUCACCAGCCUCACACUCGCAGCGGCCAGACCACCAGUCCACACAGCUAGAUGGCAGAGAGAAGCACACCACGUUUGGCUACAGUUGGUGUUGGCAAGAGCAUGAUGGAUGGGGCCUGGGACAUUUUCAAUAAGUAUUUACAAAGACAUUUUCUCACAUCUAAAGAUUAACAACAGGACAAAGAUUUAUUCAAGCGAUGUAACAAAUAACUCUAUGUCCUUUCAUGCCACAUCAUGACUAGAAUGUCAAGAGGAGGAGGUGACCAAAGAAAACGUCUUUGGAUUGAACCCCUGCUCUGACAGACUGUGCAACAACCAACAAGGGAGGAAUUCUCUUGGGGGCAGCACAGCAUUAACCUCCCCUCUGUUGUGGGAAGACCUCUUGAGAGUCAGGAGGCCUCUGUUUAUUGACCUUUGUCCCAAAUCCAUUUUGCCCUUAACUCAGGCCCAAUUAAGAAUUUAGAUCCAGUGCUAAGGUCCUUGAAGAUUGGAGACUUUGGAUGAAGAAAGAAGGUGUUAGCACUACUAUUAAGCACUUGGAUGGCUUAGUAUAGGGCUUAAAAAUGUAAGAUUUGGGAUCAGAGAAAACUAAAUCCAAUUUUAUGUUUAGCAACCUAAUAAAUAAACUUGGGCAAGUUACUUGAUUCAUCCUGUACAAUAGGGGCAGUAUUGGUACCACCCUAGGGAGUGGCUGAUUAAAUGACAGAGUGCAUGUAAAAGGCUUAUUAAUAACUAACAUGUCCUAGACACUGCUUGAAAUGCUAACCAUGUGUUUGCUCUGCAGCAACACCAUGAGGUUGCUGCCGUCAAAAUCGCACAUUACAGUGAAGGAGACCAAAGCACAGGGAAGUUCAGUAUCUUGCCCAAAGUCACACAACAGUAAUAGUGUAAGGAUUUGGUCCCGGUGAUGUGGUUCCAGAGCUCACACUCCAAACCCCUGCCUAUCCUCAUGUCCAGUCCAUAGCAAGUACUCCCUAAUGAGAAAAAUCAUUCCCAAUCCUAUUAUGGUGCCUGUCCCAUAAUAGAUGGUCAAUAAAUGGAGGAAUGAGUUCUGGGAUAGCCAAGAGGAAACUGGAGAUACAGACCUAGUGUGAAGUGGGAGUUGUAGAUAAAUGAUUCAGGACUCAGCAGCAUCGAGGGGUCGUCUAAAGUCAUGAUAGGUGGCAUUCUUUCCAAGAAAGUCAAUACAAAUGAAAAUUACAUCCUCUGCUGUUCUCUAAAUUGCCCCUCUUGCCCUCAUGAUGCCCCAGACAGUAAUAUGGAAAGAAAUACCUCCAAAGACUUAAGAAAUUUACUACUGACUUAACAAUGCUUAUUUUCUUAUUUGGAGAUCAGUGUCUCAGUGUCUGCAAUCCUGUUUUGAUAAGAAUUUCACCAAGACAAAAAUACUUUUUAUUAUAUCCAAAUUUCUAAAUAAAAUUAUACCUACCAUUUCCUAAAGUGGGAAUAGCCCUUCAACAGGACAAUAAACCACAGCUCUGAGGACAAAUGAGGGUGCGGAUUAAUGAAGUUCCAAACAUGCACACAAACCUUUAGCAUAGAGUGAUGAUUGCUACAGUACAAGGUUAUUUCUUUAAUCAAACAACUGAUGACUGAUGACCUUGUAUGUUCUCUUAUCAAGCUAAAUUAUGCCUACAAUCUCACAAUCUGAUCAGAGUAUUACCUGUAUUACCAAGUAUUAUAAGAGGUUGGAUAUCACUUAGGCACAAUGGUCCUCAAAAGACACUGUCCUUGGAGUCCUGUAUUCAAUAUCAGUCCAAGUAGGACCUACCUUGUUAGAAAUGUAAAUUCUCAAAACCCAUCCCAGAACUACUGAAGCUGAAACUCUGGACUAGCUGUUUCAACAAGCUCUCCAGGUGGUUCUGAUACUUGUUCAAGUCUGAGAACCACUGAGCCAGAGAAAAAUCCAAAAGUCCUUAAUCCUACCACUAACUAGCUAUGAGACAGACAAAUCACUUAACCUAGGUGUGCCUGACUUUUCAUCUGUCAAAUGGAGAUCAUAUUUGCACUAAUUGUCUCAUAGCGCUAAUGUUAUGAGGUUCAAAUGAAGGGCGAGGGGGGGGAAUGGAAGUGAUUUGAAGAAUGUGUUAACAGUGUUAUGUUAUGAAGAUUAAAAAAAAACACACACACAAAACGUGGAGGUGCUCAGAUAC